AUGGAUACAAAAAUCAACUACUUGACUGGUGGAUUGCAAUUUAAGCUUCAUGACGAUAUCGAAGAAGAAGUAGUUUAGCUUAAAUAAAAUCUUUAAAGAAUGUAUAAACCAAUAGCACCCUCCGUAGAUUUAAAUGCUGCUUUUGACCCUUAACCCAGCAAGUUAUCUUUGAAACAAAGAUUCUAACUCAUUAAGAGUUUUGCUGAAGAAAUAAUUCAAGAAAAUGAACUCGUAAAGUUAUUAUCUACAAAGCAAUUCCCUAUUUGCUAUGAUGGAUUCGAACCAUCAGGUAGAAUGCACAUAGCAUAAGGUAUUAUGAGAGCAAUCAAUGUAAAUAAGCUUGUCGAUGCAGGCUGUAUUUUCAUUUUUUGGGUUGCUGACUGGUUCGCUUUACUUAACAAUAAAAUGGAUGGUGAUUUAGAUAAGAUUAGAACAGUUGGUCGUUAUUUUAUUGAAACUUGGAAAGCUGCAGGAAUGAAAAUGCACAAUGUUAAAUUUUUAUGGUGUUCUGACGAAAUCAAUAAGAAGUCAAACGAUUACUGGCUUCAAGUCAUAGAUGUUGCUAGAAAGUUUAAUAUCACAAGAAUGAAAAAAUGUUCUUAAAUUAUGGGAAGAGCCGAAAGUGAUGAAUUAGCUGUCUCCUAAUUGUUAUAUCCUGCUAUGUAAUGCACAGAUAUCUUCCACUUAAAGGCUGACAUUUGCUCUUUGGGUUUAGAUUAACGUAAAGUUAAUAUGCUUGCAAGAGACUAUGUUGCCAAGCCUGAUAAUAACUACAAACUUCACACUCCUGUUAUUGUUUCUCAUCAUAUGCUUAGUGGUUUAAAAGAAGGAUAAGCUAAAAUGAGUAAAAGUGAUCCUAUGAGUGCAAUUUUCAUGGAAGAUACUGAGGAAGAUGUCAACAAAAAGAUCGAUGGUGCUUACUGCAAGCCCAAGGAAGUUUACUAAGAAGAUGGUAAAACUUUUGUUAAUCCUAUUAUGGAUUACACUAAAAGCAUUGUAUUUGGUGCUUUCAAUAAAAUUGAACUUAUCCGUAAACCCGAAAACGGUGGCAACAUUACCUACAACACUUACGAAUAACUUGAACAAGAUUACAUUGAAGGAAAGGUACAUCCUGGAGAUUUGAAGGCUGCUGUUAAAAUUGCCCUUAACAAAUUAAUCCAACCUGUUCGUGAUCAUUUCUAGAAUGACCCUGUUGCUAAGCAACUAUUAUCUCAAAUUAAAUUAUGGCAAUAGUAGAAAUUACAAAAAGAAUAAUAGUUGUUGUUGCAAUAAUAAAAAGAAGCAGCUGCACAAGCUUAAUGA